AGCGCUCACACCCUGCCCGAACAAGUGAUGGGGGACGAGCGUGGACCUUGACGCACAGCUGACUCACUUAAAAGGUGUCGUCCGAAAAAAGAAAAACACAUCCUUCCCAACGUGGACAACUGCAAAUUCGCGUGUAUCCUAGAUUUGUUUCGCCAUGGAAGAGGACUAGAGGAACUUUGCCAAGAUGCCCAAACGGAAUAUGGCAUUUUAUUUCCGUAAGCCCUAUGGAAUAUAGUCCGAUUUUACACCAUCUACAUGUUGUGCCAUCAUCAUCCAACGUGAAAAACAAACUCUUUGUGAUGUGCAUCAUGCUGUCACUCUGGGUGUACAUGAUCUACUGCUGUGUUGGUUACUGCACAACUAUCCCAACUCCGUCGUUGUCCGCCAGCACCACACGCUCGGAGGUGAGCGAAGGCGAUGGCGAAUUUGACAAUCAGCUAGACAGCUCUCUGGGGGCUUCCAGGGACCUGCUGAACAACGAGAACGAGUUGGACAGCCGAGGAGACGACUGGGAUGAGACGAGAGGCGAGGCGAAGGCGUCGCAGGGCGAUAAUGCCAUGUCGGGUUUCUUCAAUGAGUCGGAAACUAAGAAGUUGCCCGGGGCGAUUAUCAUCGGGGUGAAGAAGGGAGGAACGCGCGCUCUGCUGGAGUUCCUGCGCGUCCACCCGGACAUCAGAGCGGUGGGCGCGGAGCCUCACUUCUUUGACCGCAACUACGACAAAGGGCUGGAGUGGUACAGGGACCUGAUGCCCAAGACCCUGGAGGGCCAGCUGACCAUGGAGAAGACCCCCAGCUACUUCGUGACCAAGGAGGUGCCGUCGCGCAUCUACACCAUGUCCAAGCACACCAAGCUGAUCGUGGUGGUCCGGGACCCCGUCACGCGCGCCAUCUCCGACUACACGCAGACGCGCUCCAAAAAGCCCGACAUCCCGUCCUUCGAGAGCCUGGCGUUCAGGAACGCCACGGCGGGCGCCGGCCCCGCGGUGGUCGACGCCACCUGGAGCGCCGUCCAGAUCGGCGUGUACGCCAAACACCUGGAACACUGGCUGCGGUACUUCCCCGCGGGGCAGCUGCUGUUUGUCAGCGGCGAGCGGCUCAUCAGCGACCCGUCCGGGGAGAUGGCGCGCGUCCAGGACUUCCUGGGGCUGAGGCGGGUGGUCGACGACCGCCACUUCCACUUCAACGUGGCCAAGGGCUUCCCCUGCCUCAAGAGGCCCGAGGGCAACAGCAAGCCCCACUGCCUGGGCAAGACCAAGGGCCGGACACACCCCAACAUCGCCGGCCACGUGGUGCAGCGGCUGCGGGAGUUUUACCGGCCUUACAACAACAAGUUUUACCAAAUGACCGGCCAUGACUUUGGAUGGGAUUAGGAUUUCAUACGCACACACCCCACACACAAUAGCGUGAGCGUGUGUGCGACUUAAUGAAGUGUGUGAUUAUAGAAAUACGUAUUGUGGCUCCUCCCCCUGUUUGUUUCUAAUUUUAACCUUUUUGGGUGAGAUAUUGUUGAUACAUUCUAUGUACAGUAUUUAGUGUAAUGUGUAAAAAGUACAAAAGUCUAUUUUAUGAUAAUUUAUUUCUAUGACGUUAACUCACUGAGAUGCCUACCUGUGUUCGAUAACAAUCCACACAAAUAACACAUUCCAGUUUCAGUCCUCGUGCAUCGCAUCCAGUUUUCUUUUAUCUGUAAUUACCUUACGUUCGUAUUAGUCUUUGCAGGACGUAGCAUACAAUUGAGAAACACGUUUUUCUUAAAAGCACAGCAAUCUGUUACGGGUAUUGUAAGCUGAAUUUGUAAUCGGUACAAAACAUUUAGGACGUUCUAUCUUACAGAUCUCCCUCCCUCCCAAACGCUACUUUCUUUCAUUUCCCCGAGAUCUAAACUAAAUCCAACUUUGCAAGCAUCCGGUUAAUAUCCUCUUAACAUUUGUCUGACCUCUCCCUCCCCAAAGCUCUAUGUGUCCACUUAGUGGGGUGGGGGUAGGAGGGAGGGGGGGGUCGAUAGGGAGUCCCAGCUGAUCCAUUGGAUCAAUACAGUAAUAGCUCCUCAUCAUGUCAAUUAGACCUGAGCGAUUACACCGGGCUGCCUCCAUCGUGGGCAGCGCAGCAACGAAAGGCCUCAUGCCGACCACGAAACACACUGAUAGAUACCACGGCGGUUUCCCUUUAUGGGGAGCCAUUCGACAAUCCGCAGAGAGGGAAAGCUACGUGGAUCGCAAUAGCCCUGAACAGCCUGUCCUUCGUUUUCGAUGGUUUUGUCUGGAUUUUUCUUUAUUUACUUGAUCUCCUUGGGCCGCUGUUUACUGAUUGGCCCCUGGUGAAGCCUCUGUGAUUCACUUUUCAAAGAAAUGCUGCUACUAAAGCCUUGGUAAGGCCUGUACUGUUCAAGGAGGCUGUGUUGGGGAAUGGUCCAUGUUCAUGUUAUGGUACACACAAGCAGAGAUCCGUUAUGAAAUAUGGACAGCUGAGUUGUGUUUCCUUGAAUUACCCUUGAGAUCGUGUGAAUGCAGGUGCCCUACUCGAUGCAUUGGUUCAGAUGUCUCUGUUUAAUUGAACUCUCUACAGCAAUAGAGUGGGGAAGUUACGCCCCUUCCGGGAGAGCCCAUGGGACCUAUGAGAUCAAAAAAUAUGAAAGGGUUUCAAUCGAGAGAAAGUAAGUAUUUUCUGGUUCCUGUCUUUAUAUGCCCCGGACAACACAUGUGUCGUUUGUGGAUUUCAAUUAUAAUUUUUUCAUGUCAAGAGUUUGACCGUUUAUUGUUCAGUUAAAGGCUGUAGAGAAAACACAAUGAGAAAGACUACGUCUCGAAUGUGACGUCACGCUCCCUGUGACUGGCGUGGACAAGACCGACAAUCUCCCAAUCGGCAUAACUGAAACUCUCCACAUGCCCCGAGUUAUAAUGGUUUCCCCCUCUUUCGAUGCUUUUAUCCUCCCCUUGGAAAAAGCGGUGAAGUGGAGCAGAGAGAUCGCCAUGUCUGUACCAGAGUUCUUAGUGCGGGUUGUUACGUAAAUCAUCUUUUCUAUGCAUGAAAAAUUAUCAUUGAAAUCCACAAACAACAUAUGUGUAAUCCAGGGCAGAUAAAAACUGGAACCAAAUUCUUCGAGGUCCCAUGGGCUCUACCGGAAGGGGCGUGACUUCGCCACUCUGACAUACAGAUAAUAUUUGAUAGUUUUAUAAUGCCAGGUAAAUACAUUAUACUGGGCCAAAAAUCCUUUUUACCUAAGAUGUUUAUAUGCGGUUGAGUUUUAUUCAGCCUUUAGGAAAUUAUUUAAUUGUCACCCGUUCUUGGUGAAGUCAUACAAGUCAGCAAUGUUUUACAACCCUAUUCGUAAAUAGAAGCACUAUUUUGCCGUAUGUGUGAUUUUACAAAGAUGGAAAUUAAGCGAUUACAGCAAGUAUAUGAGGAAAAGCCAUUUUUCUGAAGUGAAUAAAUGAAAUAAAAUUUCUUUUUGGAUUUCCAAACUCCAAAUGAA